AUGCUUCCCAUCCUCGCGCUUUUGGUCUCGGCUGUUGCCGUCACCGCCCGCCCUGCCGCCGGUAACAACAUCCUCACUCGUGCUCUUGCCCUUGAGGCUCGCCAGGGCCUCUCGUCGCUCCUUCCCGAGGCGUGCAGCACCGAGUGCACCACCCUCAACACCGCCUACGCCGGCUGCCACACGGGCGACAUGGCGACGUGCACCACCAUGUGCGAGACCUCCGCUUGGGCGGACGUCGAGAGCUGCGUCGACUGCGCUGUCGCCGCGGGCAACUUCACCGCGGAGUAUGGAACCACCGUCCUCACCCAGCUGCAGGGUGUGUGCGGAACGUCGUCGUCUGACAACUCGACCGAGUCGUCCAACUCCACCGACUCUGCUUCCGCUUCCGCCUCGGGCACUGGUGCCGCGGAAUCGACCUCUGUUGUCAGUGGCGCCAGCUCCAGCGCUUCGGGCUCCGCUGGCGCCACGGCCACCUCGUCGUCCUCGCACGGCAGCCACAACAGCGCCUCCGGCUCGUCCACGGAUGCCGCUGCCUCGGGAUCGCGCACUGGCGGUUCAUCUGCUACCAGCUCGGCUGCUGCUGCUGCCUCGUCGUCGGCCGCCACGUCCGGCGCGAUGGCCCAGUUCUCCGCCACUCCCAUCCUCGGCGCUCUCGCUGGCGUCGUUGCUGGUGUCGCGCUCCUCGUCUAA